AUUCCCAAAUAUUAAACUCAUUAGAAUUUGAUUUUCAGGAUCUGAAAGCAUUUUGAUUUCAGAAUUUGGAGGCUGAUUAUAGUGUGUGCUAUUGAAUUAUUGUAGAACAUCCAGAUUCAUACAGAGAUUGGAAGGGAAUCAAUGGGUUCGGCAGGGAAGGAGGCGUACAGGAGCCUUCUGAAAGCGGUGAAGAAACACAUUGUAAAAGGAGAGCACAAACCGGAUUUCACCGACUAUAUAAGGGAGGAGUUUAGGAAGAGCGUUAACAGUCAAGCUCCUAAUGUUCGGGAAGGAUUACAGCUUGCCAAAGAUUACACUUUUCUGCUCAACAGUGUUCACCAUCACAAGGACUUGCUAUUUUCUUACAAUAUCGCGGUUGAUAGGUCUGAUGAGAUGAAGAAAGUUCUGGGAAAAUCCGCAGCAAGUGUGGGUCUCCAACUCCCCGAUGUUUAUCAGCCAUGACAGCCAGAGCUUUCAUUUGCACCAAUGGAAACUGGGAUUUGCUGCAAAACUGCCCAAAUUCAGGCAUUUAUCAGCUCUGCAGAAUUUCCAACCCUUUACAUGCCUUCAACAUGAACAGCACUGAUAAUGCUUCAGUCAAGAAAUCUUGUUGAAUUUCAAGGUUUUUUUUUUUUUUCAAAUAAAAAUUUAAAUCUAAUUGUGGUAUUUUAAGGUUGUCA